GUCAGCACCCACCCUCAGUCAGCACCUCCUGCACAGACGCGUUCUCUUUCCCUCGCGCUGUCGCGACUUCCAGCAACUGCGCCGCACGUCACCAGUAAACGCAUAGAGCGCUUCUAUAGUAGACUCGAUUCCUCAACCACGACGCCAGCUCGUGUUGGGCCGUGCCGAGAAUAGCUACAGCUCUGCUGUCUAAUCAGCGCCACUGCAUCCAUCCGUGACUGGUCACGUCCCAAAGUGAAUUGAAUGCGCCGAACCAUAUACCCCUCGAUCCGCAGCGAUACUGGCUAUAACAUGCAGCAACCAGCCGCUCAGGACCAUAGCAAGCCGACCAUCGAGAUGAGCUUAAGAGAACAUCUCCUUGCUGCCGGUGCUGGCCAGCCCAGUACGCCCGCAUCUAUCCAGCAACAGCAACCUCAUACCGGCGGGGCUCAGCAGCACAUCGACCCAGCCAUCGCCGGCUCGCAGCACUACAUGAGCCAAGCCGACCCCAGCGACGACGGUGAAGGGCGCAAGGGCCGGAGAGAGUUGUCGACUAGCAAGCGCGCUGCACAGAAUCGAGCCGCCCAGCGCGCGUUCCGUCAGCGCAAAGAGGAGUAUAUCAAGCAGCUCAAGGAUCAAGUCAAGGAGUUUGAGCAGCUGUGCGAGCUGUAUAAGAAUCUGCAGACCGAGAACUAUCAGCUUCGGGACUACAUCAUCAAUCUCCAAUCGCGCCUGCUCGAGACACAAGGCGAGGUGCCACCCGCACCCGCAGGCGUCGAUCUGUCCAACCGACCGCACGGCGGGUUACCCAGCCUGAACCAGAACCUCCCACAGCAGCAACACCAACAGCCCGAGCAGCAACAGGCACAGCAACAAAGCCCCAGCUCCACCAAUAACGGCGGGCUUUCAGAGCGACAAAUAGGCGAACUGCAAAUGGCCGCUCAAGCAGCAGCCGCAGCUCAGAACGGCCCCAACGCCGGCAAGCACGCGGGCCAAUUCGAUGCAGGCGACUACUCUUCCGAGAAGCGCCAGAAGGUCGAAGGCGAUGCAUCGCAAGGUCAGCAGCCCGAGCAGUCCCCCCUCUACCCCGACCCAAAUGCUUAUUGAAGGGCAGACGAGGAGUGAUUUGUUGACCGAUGGCUUACAUUGGAGUAGGCCCAGACUACAAUGCGUUCGUUAGCGAGCUGCAGCAGUCCAGCAGGUCGGCGGAGUAGGAUUUAUACCCGGCGUUAUCUGGCUUCAUAAACCCGAGAUGGUGACUCUCAGGGGUCUGUUG